AGGUGGAUCGUGUACUCCUAGUAGGACUGUGCCCAUUGGAUGUACUUAUCCAAUGGAGUUGUGAUUGUGAGGAAUGCUCUACUCGUAAUGGAACUGUUUGACUAGUGGUGUAAGAGUUGAUAUAGAGUUCUUGGGUGUUUAGGUGUUCAUUUGUUGGGCACAUAUGUCUCGAAGAUCUGUUAAUGAACGAUGACCCGAGGACAUAUUCUUGAGGAUCAUAGGGGGUGAGUUUUCAUAUUCGUAUGAGCAAAGUCCUCGAGAUACAUCCUUGAGGACUAAAAAAAUCUCGAGGACAUUUGGUAGAAAAGUGAGGCGGAGCCCGUAGGGAGUCCUCGAGGAAAAGGUCCUUGGGUAUGCAAUAUUGGUAUUAUCAACACCUUAUACGUAUUAGCUACUAUCUACUCUGAUUUUAUGCUCAACUCUUUGUACAGUCUAAUUGGUGGUGCGAUAAAGUAAUUAUCUUUUUAUUAUUAUAAAAGGUUGGACAGAAUUCAUGAAAAAUGUGUCGGGUGAAUGGGAUGGGUUUGGAGCAGAUUUCACGAAGGGAGGGAGACCCAUUGAGCUACCCGAAUCAGUAGUCCCGGAGGCUUAUAGAGAAUGGGAAGUGAAGGUUUUUGACUGGCAAACACAGUGUCCUACUUUGGCUCAACCCCAUGAGUUUUCCCUCAUGUACAAAAACAUUAAGCUACUUCCCACCGUUGGUUGUGAAGCUGAUGCUGCCACAAGAUACAGCAUUGACGAAAGAAACGUUACAAAUAAUGAGCAAAGCCCUGUUUUGGCAUUUGCAUAUCAAUCUAGUGGGUGUUAUGUAGCUGUUUGGCCUGUUGCUGAUCAUGGUUUGGACAAGUUAUUGGAGCUGGAGCACUGUUUAAUUGAUCCUCAGGAUAAAGAAUCGCGGGUGAGGAUUAUUCAGGUUAUUCGAAUUGAAGACUCCAAGUUGGAAUUACAGAAUAUUAAGGUCUUUGUUGAGCAAUGGUACGGUCCUUUCAGAAAUGGAGAUCAGCUAGGUGGAUGUUCAAUACGCGAUUCUGCAUUUGCGGCCACACAACCCUUGAAACCUUCACAAGUUACUGGUGUUUGGCAAGGCCUCAAUGCUGUUGCAACCUUCAAUAAUUCUCAAAACAUCAUCCUCCAACUUAGGGACGAAAGUGUAAGGCAGACGGUCAGAGAUGAGCGCAGCCUGGUCUUGCUCCCUAGGCAACUGUGGUGUUCACUUAGAGAGGAAGAGAAUGAGGAAACUUUCUGUGAAGUUGGAUGGCUAUUGGAUGAGGGGCGGACCAUCACUUCAAAAUGCAUCUUUUCAAGCCAAGCAGAGUUGAAGGAAAUUGCAAUUGCAAGCGAAGAAGCAUCAGGUUAGGCUGCAUCUUGUCCAUAUUACGAAAGAAGACUGCAUGCGAGUUGCGACUAUAUUAACAAAUUGUACAAGCUCUCAGACAAUCUGAAUGCAACUAAGUGUGCACUACAUAUUCACAAGGUAAUAUAAAAUUUAUAUGUUGAAUUAAGUCAAUGUAUCCAAUUUUAUAACUCAAUCAAGUGUUUGUGAAUCUCAUCUGUUGGUCUUUCAUGUA